UCUAAUGAACUGCUCACAGAGUCAGUCCGACCGCUGGUUUAGAAGACAUGUGGUGUAUAUAAAGUUUAUGAUAGUUGGUGGAAAUUUGGGAACUUGGAUAAUGGGCUGUGUGCAAUGUAAGGAUAAAGAAGCAGCGAAACUGACGGAGGAGAGGGACGGCAGCCUGAACCAGAGCUCUGGGUACCGCUAUGGCACAGACCCCACCCCUCAGCACUACCCCAGCUUCGGCGUGACCUCCAUCCCGAACUACAACAACUUCCACGCAGCCGGGGGCCAGGGACUCACCGUCUUUGGGGGUGUGAACUCCUCCUCUCACACUGGGACCCUACGAACGAGAGGAGGGACAGGAGUGACACUGUUUGUGGCCCUUUAUGACUAUGAAGCACGGACAGAAGAUGACCUGAGUUUCCACAAAGGAGAAAAAUUUCAAAUAUUGAACAGCUCAGAAGGAGACUGGUGGGAAGCCCGCUCCCUGACGACUGGGGAAACUGGUUAUAUUCCUAGCAAUUAUGUGGCUCCAGUUGACUCCAUCCAGGCAGAAGAGUGGUACUUUGGAAAACUUGGCCGCAAAGAUGCUGAGAGACAGCUCCUGUCCUUUGGAAACCCAAGAGGUACCUUUCUCAUCCGCGAGAGCGAAACCACCAAAGGUGCCUACUCACUUUCCAUCCGUGAUUGGGAUGAUAUGAAAGGAGACCACGUCAAACAUUAUAAAAUUCGCAAGCUUGACAAUGGCGGAUACUAUAUCACAACUCGGGCCCAGUUUGAAACCCUUCAGCAGCUUGUACAGCAUUACUCAGAGAAAGCUGAUGGUUUGUGUUUUAACUUAACUGUGGUUUCAUCAAGUUGUACCCCACAAACUUCUGGAUUGGCUAAAGAUGCUUGGGAAGUUGCACGUGACUCGUUGUUUCUGGAGAAGAAGCUGGGGCAGGGGUGUUUCGCUGAAGUGUGGCUUGGUACCUGGAAUGGGAACACAAAAGUAGCCAUAAAGACUCUGAAGCCAGGCACAAUGUCUCCGGAGUCCUUCCUAGAGGAAGCCCAGAUCAUGAAGAAGCUGAAACACGACAAGCUGGUACAGCUCUACGCAGUCGUGUCUGAAGAGCCCAUUUACAUCGUCACGGAAUACAUGAACAAAGGAAGUUUGCUUGACUUCUUAAAAGAUGGAGAAGGAAGAGCUCUGAAGUUGCCAAACCUUGUGGACAUGGCAGCACAGGUUGCUGCAGGAAUGGCUUACAUCGAGCGCAUGAAUUAUAUCCACAGAGAUCUGCGAUCAGCAAACAUUCUAGUGGGGAAUGGACUAAUUUGCAAGAUUGCUGACUUUGGAUUGGCUCGGUUGAUUGAAGACAAUGAAUACACAGCAAGACAAGGUGCAAAGUUUCCCAUUAAGUGGACAGCCCCUGAAGCGGCCCUGUAUGGGAGGUUCACCAUCAAGUCUGACGUGUGGUCUUUUGGAAUCUUACUCACAGAGCUGGUCACCAAAGGAAGAGUGCCGUACCCAGGCAUGAACAACCGGGAGGUGCUGGAGCAGGUGGAAAGAGGCUAUAGGAUGCCCUGCCCACAGGACUGCCCAAUCUCCCUGCACGAGCUCAUGAUCCACUGCUGGAAAAAGGAUCCGGAAGAGCGCCCCACCUUCGAGUACUUGCAGGGCUUCCUGGAGGACUACUUUACCGCCACUGAGCCCCAGUAUCAGCCCGGUGAGAACCUGUGAGAGCCUGCGCUUCAGAGGCCUCCCCACCCCUCCCCGUUAGCUUCCAAUUCCGUAGCCAGCUGCUGCCGAGCAGCGAGAACCGUCCAGGAUCAGAUUGCAUGUGACUCUGAAGCUGAACUUCCACGGCCCUCAUUAAUGACACUUGUCCCCCAGUCCGAACCUCCUCUGUGAACCAUCCGAGACAGAAGCCUGUUACUUCCCAGACUUGGAAAUGCAUUGUAUGGAUGUUAUGUCAAAGGCCAAGCCUCUGUCCAGUGUAAAUAGCCGCUCCUGUGCCAAUGAGCCCAGUGCUUUCCUUUUUUUAAAAAAAAAAAAAGCAAAUCCUAUGUGAUUUUAACUCUGUCUUCACCUGAUUCAACUAAAAAAAGUAUUAUUUUCCAAAAGUGGCCUCUUUGUCUAAAACAAUAAAAUUUUUUUUCAUGUUUUAACAAAAAACGAUCAGGACAGGUGUUUGGGUUUUUUUUUUCCUUUUUUUAUACAUAUGAUAUAUAUGUUAACAUAUGUUCCUGUACAUACACCAUGUGGGUGCUACCAUGGAGACUGUGGCCAGCAUAGACCACCUAGCUACAGGACCAGAGUGAGGAUUACUGCAGAAACCUGCCAGCGGAGCACUGGCAUCAUCCUAAAAGCCGGUGGCCUCAGUUUUUGACUUCUACGAAGCAUGAUGUCCCCCUUUGUUUGGAUUGCACUUUUUUGGUUCCUAAUCAUACCUGUAGAUUGUUCAUGUGACUUUUUUCAGGUCCCGGGGCCGAGGUCCCGAGUUUUAGUGCCAGUUUUUGCUCCAGCGAACUGCGAUUUGUUCUUGAAACUUAGGAGUGAGCAUGUUUAAGUGAGAAGCGGCCCGCCAUAAGAACUGCAAGCCGGACACCACACAGACUUCCUGUAUAAAUGCGAAUGCUGAAGGGUUCCCUGUUUUCCUUUUAUUUAAUAAAUCUUGUAACCACAUUUAAAUGGUCUAAACCCAUAGAUUGUAGUCAUGGCAACCUACUAAACUUUCUCAUGCAACUAGAAAUUACGGGGAAGGCAGGGGUGGGGGCGUUGUACACAUCCCAUUGUAAGAUGAGUGUUCUGCUGUCCUGUACUGCUAAUGAAUGACUCUCCGCGGCAGGAGUGCGCCAGUAAAUAACUAUGCACUACUUUACAUUUCAUGGGGGUGCACAAAAAAAGUAUUACAUUUUUAGUUGCUGUUUGUACCAACCUCGAAUUACAUAUGUCUAACAACAAAUCAAUUCCUAUUUCUAUUGAGUUUUUUAAUACUGACUAGCAAUUCUGAAGUCUUAAUUCCUUUUUUGUUAAUGAUUUAUUUGUGAGUUUACAUUUUUAAAUUGUUUAACUUUCCUAAUUUAGUAAUUAAAAAGAGAGCAUUUUA